AUCCGUCAUUAUUGUCAAAAGUGUUAAAAAUGGCGGCGGACGGUGACGAAGUGAUAAGUGAUCAGGAAAAAGUUAGAAUUGUUUCGGAUUUUAUUCUUCAUUCGCCUCCAGGUGAAUUCAAUGAAGUGUUCAACGAUGUCAGGGUUCUCCUAAAUAAUGAUACCCUUCUAAAAGAAGGCGCUAGCGGGGCUUUUGCGCAAUACAACAAGGAUCAGCUCACGCCCGUUCGCCUCGAAGGCUCGGAACUCCAUACUCUAAUUACCGACCACAAUGAACUCGGUGGCGGUAGAUUCUUCGAUCCCCGUUCAAAACGGUUAUUCAAGUAUGACCAUUUACGUAAAGAAGCAUCGGAAUACGAACCGUAUGAACCGGACAGAGUGGCGGAGCCCUGGCGUUCUGCGCUCGAUGACGAACUCACGGCGUACGUGGCCGCACACUACAAACACGGGGCUAGCUUAGUGGUGGGACGAGCUUUAGAAUCUGGUGCCGUGACACUCACCGCGUGUAUUGAAGAUCAUCAAUUCCAGCCGAAGAAUUAUUGGAAUGGUCGAUGGCGCUCAGUGUGGUCGCUAACCGUGGGCGCUGGGCCUGCUGAGCUUCGUGGAAUGCUUCGCGUGCAGGUUCAUUAUUAUGAAGAUGGAAAUGUGCAAUUGGUUAGCUCCAAAGAGGUUCGUGCACCCUUAGUUGCUAUCGGUGAGGUAGCAACUGCUAAAGAAUUUGUGCGAUUAGUUCGCGAUGCCGAAAACGCGUAUCAGACUGCAAUUUCUGAUAACUACAAGACAAUGAGCGAUACAACUUUCAAAGCGCUGCGGCGACAACUGCCUGUAACCCGGAGCAAGAUUGACUGGGCACGUCUUGUCUCUUACACUAUUGGUAAGGAGCUGAAGAGUCAAUGAUGUCCUGCCGCUGCGCUCUGAGCCGCAGCGGCUGCUCCACGCCUGUGUACAUAUAUACGCGUAAGAAUAAAUCUUGUUCAAAUGUUUACGGGCACCGGGAUGUCCUUUCCCGGCGCGUAUUUAUCUAUGAAUAUAUAGAGAAAUCGCUAUCGUAACUGUUAAAUUUUAUUGCAUUUUGUUACUGUCAGUACGUUCAUUGAUUGGUGUCAAUCACUCACAAAUGGCCAAUGGACUUGUCUGCAAAGAGAUGUGGAAACAACGAGUUGUGUCCAUUUUUGUCGGUAGCAUUGAGUUAACAGGAUAGUGUAUUUAGGUGUGGAAUCGCACUAGUGCGGUACUAAGUCUAGGUCUCGUAGGAACUCCUGACUGAAACAUCGUGUUUGAAUUUUUAAUUUAUUUGCUUUCCCGAAUGAUUGAUUGUUGUGUAAGCAAUAAAUAUCUGAAACAGAUGUUUAAAAGCUAACCAUGUCAAUUAAAAUGUUGUAACAAUAAAAUUCCAUCAUAAAUUCUGAAUUACUUGUUGAUUGAUGUUGGACUCCAUCCACUUGGUUCUGUGUAUUUUGUGUAAUCAGUAUUAUUUGCAUUGGAUAUUGCUUGCAUAACUGUGUUAUGUGAAAAUUAAUCAGGAUUGUGUAAGGGAGUGAUCCCAAUGGUGCAUUUAAAUUAUAGUUAAUUUAACUAAUUGUCCACCUAGCUUUAAUGCAGCGUUUAGGAACAUAAUAUAGCACAAUAUAUUCAAUAUUUUUCAAUUUAAAAAAUUAAAGUGGAGUGUUGCUCAAACAAAACGCAGGGGAGGAACGAAAUUAGAAAUAUAUUGUCCAUACAUUAUGGCUUGAGUGCGAUUGGAAGCAUAAGUUUUUUUUUUAUAAUAAUGUAACGAUUAUAACUUCAAUAAGGUUUAUUUUGUAAUGAUUAUAAUUAUUUUUUAAUAAACAACGUACAUUAAACCCAAGUAUUCUGUACUGUAUUGAAUUCAUUUCAAUAAAAAUAUAUAUUAAAAUGUUGCUAACUA